AUGAGUGGUUUCCAAAGCACGGUAUCUGAUGUAAUCUUAGAAGGAAACGAAGUGGUGGACCUAGAAGAAACACAUGAAAUACCAACCGUGUCCGAGGUAGAGAAUGCGAAAUGCGAAUGUUGUGGAAUGUGUGAGGAGUGCAGCCACGAGUACAUAGGGCGUGUGCGUGACAUGUUCUCGGGGAACAUGAUAUGCGGGUUGUGUGCUGAAGCUGUGCAUGUGGAGAUGGAGAAGAAUGGUGGGAGAAGAGAGAAAGCUCUGAAAGAGCACAUGAGUGAUUGUGUGAAGUUUAACAGGCUUGGUAGGUCGUAUCCUGCUUUGUAUCGAGCAGAAGACGUGAAGGUGAUCUUGAAGAAGACUUUAAGAAGGGCCAUGUCCACCAGUACUCAGGAUUCGAAGGGUAUAUAG